AUGUUUCAUAAUAAACUUGAUAAAAAGGCUGUGCAUAUCAUUCCUGAAGACAUAUUAGUAAACUUUGAUAUUAAUUGUGAUUCUCACAUUCGAAUAAUCAACGACCUACAGAUAAAAAAUAACUUGGUGCAAAGUAUGCAAUUCACAAUUCAAUCAAUGGUGGAAAAGAUUAUUCUUGUCGAUGAUCAUUACCAACUACUUAAUGAACUGAUCGGUAAUAGCUCAAUUGAUACAAAUAAAAUCGUUUUGUGUGUUACGGAUCACAUUUCGGACAUACAAAGCGAAAAUCAUCUCCAACAAUUGGCCAAAAUAAUGAUCGCAUUACAAUGCUUUGACAAGAAAUCUUUGAACGUCAUCAUUGAUCAAGUUGAUUCCAUGAAUAACUAG